CAACUGCGCAGAAUUAAAAGUACUGAGGACAUCUGAGGACAGCUGCCGACUUGCACUCGGCCAGCACGGUAGUAGCUGCAAAGGACUCGUCCCACACCACGCAAGAAAUCUCGAAAAAUAGAGUGCCUAGGUCUCAACAAGUUCUUGCGAAGCAAAGAACUUGAUUCUGGAUUUAUGUGUCCAGCAGCAUUGUGUUUCAGGAAGUUUCAAGACCCUGGCCUUUCCUACAGUCUUCGGCGCCUGGCUUUUGCCAUGGGACUACUUUCUGCAUUCAUUGACCUGAUGGCAAAGGGUGCGCGUGACUGCGCAUCCGAAGUCCCAGCAUCCACCUUUAAAAAGAUAUUGCAACGAACACGAUGAAAGAACUUGGACAGAUAUACACGCUCGAAGCCAAUGAUGCUUUCAAUUCCAAAAGCUUCUUUGAUCAUUUUAAUCCAUUCCAGGUGGCUAGCUAGCAUCAGUGCUCCAUUGAUUGCAUUGUUGCUUUUCUUAACCGUCUUAACCAAGACCUUAAUUGGCGUCAAGGCGAUAGAAAACCCGGAAAGUUCCCGUGAUGUGCGCGAACACGUGUGCGCAAGGGAAUAUCGGGAAAAGGAGGAGUUGUGGACAUCAAUGUCGGGUGCCACCACGGUUUACAUCCCAAUGGAUCACCAACCAGAUUGGUACUGGGAAGAGGUAAUGAGGCGCAGGGGGAUACAGCUGACAUCAAAGCCAGUCAGCGGCUACGAAGAUCUAUGGCUUGAUCAACUGCUUGGGGAGGCUCAGAUGCAAGUUCUGGGAUGUGGAGUUCAUAGUGGUCGCUACUGGGAAAUGUCUGUGGACAUACGAAAGCUGUUCCGUUUGAUGGUGAAGGGAAGCACAUUUACCCUGCUAAGACUCCUUUCUCGUCACAUCGCGAACACGGAGGACCAUUUGGAAACACCGGAAGAUUUACCUGACAUCAUGCGACUAAGUGUUUGCACACCAUUCAGUUGCGAUGAAGAUCUUGUGAUCAACCGGAUUUUUGCAGAUCAUUUUGCACAUAAACUCAUGGGCCCGAAUGCAGCUCGAAAGCUUGGCAACUUUAGCUUUCAAGAUGUUUUACAAGUCAAUGAGCUCGAGGAUUGGUCGUCAAUCAACAUCGAUUUUGUGAUCGGUGGGACUGACAGUUGUGGCACCUCCUCUCUGCAUAAAAACCUGGAGCAACAUCCAGAACUGGCUUUCUCCAGCACUGGGGAAGACUUUUUCUUCACAGCAGAUCUUGCCCAUCGCCUCUUGCCUUUGAAAUCGCAAGUGGAGACUUACAAUGCUCAACUUGAACAUAUGAAGGACGGCAAGUGGAACUCUUCAGGUGUUAGGCCGUGGCUGAUUGGCAUUUGCAAUCCAACCAUUUUUGCCUUUGGACUUGCCAGGCGGAAAUUAGCUGCAAUGCUUAAAGUCAAGAUGAUCAUGAUUUUGUGUGACCCAGUUGGGCGUGCAGAAAAACUCUUCAUGGAAUACCACUACUGUUUUGAUGACUUUGCUGAUGCCAAACAUCGCAGGCUUGCUGCAGGCAGAGACGAGACCAAGCCUUGUUUUCAAAGUGCCAAGUCGCUUUUGUCCGAAAGAUUUGGGAAGUUGAAGAGUUUCUGGCAGAACCGUGCUGUAGCACUCCACAUGCCUGCCAUGAUGCAUCUCUUUUCUGGACGACUACUCUUUGUGCAUCAAGAGCAGCUAAGAGAGGAUUCAGAGCGAGUCUUCAAUUCUCUCACCCAGUUUUUGGGGGUGAAAUACCCAUUUCGUGAUGAUACGCGCUUUCAUCGAUACAACUCCAUUGGGGGAAAUCGCACCGACCUGUGUUACAACCAUACUCUGGUAAGAGCGUUGCAGAAAUACUUGGAGCCAGAGUAUCAGAUGCAAGAGACGAUCUUGACACAAGCAAGGGAGUCGAUUCCGGAAACCCUCCGCAAAAGGGUGACGCGGUGCGAUCGCCCUGAAGCUGAAUUCACCUAUUGCCCAAGCCGCACUGCAUGUGCUGAUGAGCAACGGGACCUGAAAUAGUAGCUGGAUUGAGCUGAGUUGAAAUAGUAGAGUGAAACAACAUGAAAUAACAAUGAAUUGACAUGGGUUGAAGAUCAGAAACAUUCAGAAACCAUUCCAGUUUUCGAAGCAUGCUGCGCAAAGUACUCCGAAUCCAUCGCACGCGUUUACUUCCAUCGCGUCCGAAAGCGCUUGCCCUCAACUGUCCACUAACUGUCCGAGAUCAUGGCAAAGGCGACAAGUUUCACCAUUCUACGGGAGCAAACCCCUCGUAACAUCUGGUGACCAUGAUCCACAAAAGCCAAGGUGAUGGACUGGUGCCUAGCAACCGUGCUCUAUGAUGCUUUAUGACGCUCUAUGCAUCUCCAUGCAUUUUUAGUCUUGAGUCUCUACGUGCAAAAAAGAAGAUCUCGAGAUUACUG